ACCUACAAUUCGUGCCUCAGGUGUGGUCGAGCCAACAGCAACUACAGAACUGAGACCUGUCUGGAUGUGACAAUCCCAGACGAUCAUCUUGCUGGAUGUGAUAUUUACAUUCAUGCUGAUUCACCUCACAGGACUGAGCUCCGUCCUGGAGGUGCAGGACUCGCUGACACGGAUUUCCUGCUGUACCUUCACAUGAAGUCCACUGACAAGUGCAGAGCAAAGCCUAAUAUUUUGGCCUACGCUGCUCACUGCCAGACAGAUGCACUUGGACGACCUGUGGCCGGGGUGGUGGUCAUCUACAGGGAAAGACUGAAAGGAGAAACGUUUAAUCACCAGGCAGCUGUACAGACUGUGAUCCAUGAGCUGUUUCAUGUGCUGGGUUUCUCUAAAGAGCUCUUCCACACCUGGCGAGACUGUUCCUCCAUGUCUCAAGGGAGUGCCGACUGUUCUCCUCAAGGGAAAGUGACCUACUCUGAUGGAUCCGGCCACAUGAGGAUUUACACCCCAUCUGUCAUCUCAGCCCUGCAGAAGCACCUGAACUCCACUGAUCCUGAGCUUGGGGGAUGGCUAGAGAACCUUGGUGUACUUCCUGGCAAAGUGUCCUCACACUGGGAGUCCAGGAUCUUUCAGGGCUCCAUCAUGGCAGCAGAGCUAGCGGACUCAUCCUCAGUCUGGAUCAACCCGGUAACCUUGGCUGCAUUACAGGACACGGGCUGGUACAAUGUAGACGUGAGCAGGGCACAGAGUCUGGUGUGGGGAGACGGAGAAGGGGCCAUGUUUGGAUCCCUGUCAACCUGUCAGAACAAAUCCUCAUCGUUUUUCUGCUCUGGCAGUGGGUUUGGGUGUCAUUACCUUCACCUCCACAAAGGGGAGUGCAAGACUGAUCAAUACCUGGAGGGAUGCAGAGUGUAUAAACCCCUCAAAAAUGGAAGUGAGUGCUGGAAAAAGGAAAACCCCAGGCGGUCAGCUGAAGCGGACUCGACUGGGGAGAUCUUUGGUUUUGACAGCCGAUGCUUCUUCUCCAGUCUGACCAGACAGAACCGGAGUCAGUUUCCUUCGUUCAUCAGCACAGUGGAGGGGCGCUGUUACAGACACAGGUGUACUGGACCAAACAGGUACCAAAUCCACGUGUCAGGCUCUGAGUGGGUGGAGUGUCCAGCAGGGGGAAGCAUUCAGAUUGAAGGAUACCAGGGUUCAGUUUCCUGUCCUGACAGGAGGUUGUGUCUGUACUCUGACAUCACUCCUCCUUCAGACGCCGUCGAUACAUUUCCUGCUUCCAUCAUCAGAGAUCCAUAUGGGACUUUAACUUCAGCCCAGACCUGGACCUCUUUGUCCUUCGGUGUCAAAACAUCUCUCAGCAUCACUGCUGCCGUGUGUCUCCUGGCUGCAGUCUUGGUGUCUUACAGAAAAUGUUGCUCCUGCAGGAUCAGGAUCCACACCAGCACAGAUGAACACAGUAAUCUGUAGGAAACACAGCCUCUAAAACCGGCUUUAUAAACUUUAAUUGUUCUAUAAUUAUGUUUGUCUCUUCUUAGUAAUUUAUCUGAAGGCUGUGUUGUAAUUGUAGAGUUAUUCAGUCAGAGAAAAAAUGCCUUUUUAUGACAAUUUUUAUUGAACAGAGUAAUGUGAAAACAUAAAGAUAACCUGUUGUGGUCAAACGCA